CCUCUUCUUCUUCUUCCAGUUGUUCUCCCCUGGGCUACAGGACCUUGUGGUUCGCGAUGACAGCAGGUCUGGAGAAAGCAUGUCAUCAAUGCAUCUCAAAAAUCGCCAGCAACGCUUUCCUCAUUUUUGGACUUCUGGCUUUCCUAGCAUUACCACUGUCUAUGGCUUUAGUAGGAAUGAAGUUUUUAGAUGACUGUCCGGUCCAACCACUAAUUCCCUUAUAUCUGCUUGUGGCUGGCGUGAUUGGUAGUCUGAAGAUAGCUCUUCUGCUCUUUGACUCUACCCGGAUGAGGCAGCUCCUUUCAAAAUCGGUCGUGAUUGACGACGAUGACGACGAUGAAUAUCCAUGGAGGCAGAAUGCGCACAAAUAUUACAUCCACCUGACACUCAGCGUCUUUCUCUUCCUUUGGUUCAUCCUGGGGAACUACUGGGUGUUUUCCACCUACCUGCCUAAUUUCAUCCCACCCUUCCAUCACCCACAAGAUUACUGUGAUAAAACCCUGUACAUUUUUGCGGUGGCGGUCCUUCUCCUCAGUCACACGGUGCUGGUUUUGCUGAUCCUCUGCAGCUGCUGCAUCUAUUGCUUUUCCAAGCAACGCUACGCCGCAGACGAGGAUUAAACUUGUUAAAAAGGUGGGGCAGGAUAACGACAGGCAACCACCAGUUAUUCAUGGUGCAUGCACAGAGUUUAUUAUUAGCAAAUGCCACUGUAGGAAUUACAAGCGUUAUUUCGUGGUGAUGGGAGGAGGGCAGGGAAUGUGAACGAAUGUUGCUAGGCAGAAUUAAAGGUCUCUGCUCCAGGCACAUGCCACGCUGCCUCAGCUUCCCCAGUGCAUGCAUUCAGAAAUAGGGCAUAAGUACUACCACUCACCCCUUUUCAAAUGUCUUCUCAAACAUACCUGUUAAUUUCCCUGUCUGGAAUGGUAAAAAGUGAAGCAGAGAAAAACAAGAGUCAAUUCACCUUAUCCUAGUAAAGGCCUGUGAUAUGAAAAAGAGCUGUGAAAUACAAAUGUUGUGAUGCAAAAAAUCCAGGUGUGAUUUUACAUCCGGCAUCUGAGCCUUUUUACUCUGAAAUUUGCAUGGACAGUAUUUUCAGGACUUUGGACUUGGGCUCUUGAACGCCACAUGUCAUUUGCUUAAAUCUUCUUUUGUAGAACGGAUGUGAGGGCCCUGCUCUUUUCCCAGUCUGCAGAAAUGACGGCUUUUUAAGUCUGAUUCAGAUGAAAGCAGCCUUAAAAUAUUGAUUUUGUUGCUUUUCUCCUAUGAAUUAUGCAACAUCAUUACGUGCUCCUUUCACAAAGAAAACAAAAACA